AUGACCUUCCCUCCCCCUCACCCUACCGCCCAAUCGUCGAUUGCUUCUGGCACCGAUAAAUCUUCUUCGACCAGGGCCGAUAUUGGUGCUUGGGGUCGGUCUGUGUCGCAGUCCGGCGCACGUCGUGGGUUGACUCCACUCGCGACCAAUCUAUCCUCCGCUGCUCCCCCCACGAACACCCGGGGCUUGGACGCAGGCCCGGGGGCUUCUACAUCAUCCUCGUUCUCUGCAGUUCUGAGCUCUGCUCGUGGGCUUUCCGGUGGUAGUCCCAAACCCACAUCUUCGCCAUUCACCUCAUUGCAAUCGGGCUCGCAACAGCACGCAUCCGCACUCUCGUCCCCUAAGUUCCGCUCUCACACCCCUUCCAUAGGGUCUCACUUGGCAUCUACCGCAGGCUCCGCUUCAGGUGGAGGAGGUAUCGGGGGAGGUGGUGGUGGGCCGGGAUCUUCUAGAGGCGUUUUCUCGCCUCUCUCGUCCGGAACAACCGUGAAUUCUCCCACAGGCUUCGCAUCCGACAAGCCGGGAUCUACAGCCGCCCAUUCGAGCCAAUCGUCGCUCACCAAAAUCUCCAUCGCGCAGGUAUUCCUCCUGCUCGAUUCCAUUACAGAGAAGGAGGGUAAAGAAAAGUGGGAAACAAAGGCUGCCCAAAUACACAAGCUUGUGACAUCGAACGGUAUGGAGGUCUUUUCCAAAUACUUCCGUCGUCUCUUGACAGGCAACGCACCACAAAUCUUCCCGGGUGUGAACAAAUCUGUUGAAAAUGCGGGCAAUUACCCUCUUCUCGUCCAGGAGCUGCAGAAAGUGGCCAUCGACAUGGAACAGUCUCAGAAAAUCGCCGAGACAGUAGAUACCUCAGAAGGAGAUAUUUUCCGCGACUUUGACCUUUCGACCUUCCUGGAUCAUUUCCGACUUGAUCCUCUUAUGAAGGUCUCGCUCGCUUUGGCAUUUAAACUGACUAGCAAGUCUGAUCUCCGCGCCAAAGCCGAUGCCAUCCUCUCCAAUUCCGUUGCACCAUUCCUUCAAAGCCUCGCAAGUCCAACUGAAAUCACCAAGGACUACCAUAAUACUUUCCUUGGAAUGACAAUUGAACGAUUCAUCCUUUACCCCCCUCGAAAUUUCACCGACGACGUCAAGGCAAAGCUUGUAUACGCAGCGAAUCUGCGUUUCCAAAAGCUUGGUUUGGAUAUGCCUUUCGAAGUCUCCUCAGCUCUGCAGAUGUUCAAUUUUGUCAACCCUCAAUAUGGCCUUGUACGACAACUCCACUCCAAGGGCCCCCGCGCCACUGCAAAUACCGAAACAAUAAGCGAGUUGAUCAGCUCGGAUCCAAAGUACUGGAGCGAGGAACAUCUGGCAAGCGGUCUACUGUUCAUGGUUUUGUCCCAAUAUUGGGAACAGUUUUCGAUGGAGACAUUCUUGAGCGCGUUUGCCGAUAAACCAAUCAAUUGGUCUCUGGUUUUCCGGCACUUCGACCGCGAGGGGCUUCGAGUGGAUCCAAAGCAGUUCACCAAACUGUAUAAUGUUCUCUCUGUCAUGUCGUCUGAGGGCUCGAAUUUGGAUGUACAGAAGCUUUGGGGCGGAGAUUGGGACCACCGCGAUACCCAGAUGUCUUUCCUGACCGCGUUUGUGGCCUCUCGCAUCGACCCUUCCCAAAUUUCCAACCUCCGCGCAACAUUCCCCGCGGACUUCUUCCAGGAUGCGCCUGAUAUUGUGAAGCUGCAAGGCGAGCGUGCGGCUAAGUCCCCUCUUCGGUCUAUGGAUGCAAUGAAAGCUAUCUUCGACCUUGCCUUGUUUUCCCAGGCUUCAUGGGCUGCAACUGAAAGCCAGCUCCUUAUCAAGGCAGUCGUCCAAUUCGAUCUUCCAGUGUUCCUGUGUUCUGCUCUGGCCAUUCCCCAACCAUGGUCUAGUGUUCAGCAGAGUUUCGUGCUGCGCACAUUUAUCGUGUUCAUCUCGAAGCAAGAGGACGGAUAUCAACUUGCCCUUCACGGAGCUUGGCGACAAGACCGACAGUGGGUCGCAGAGCAGCUGUUCACUACAUUCACCCAGGACCCCACCUCGACCGCAGUGAUCUACGAACAUGCUCUCGCCUAUGGCUGGCUGGAGUACCUUCUUGGGUUUACCAACGGACUCGCCCUUGAUCUCGCAUGCUACUCUCACCGUAAGGGACAGUUUGAUCUUGAGCAAUGGGUCCGAAAUGCGGCUCAGAAGGGCGCCAUCGACAUGGGUGGGCUGCUUUCCAAGUUCCUGCGGAUUAAGGCAGAGGAUGAACUACACGUUCAACGAAAGGAACAGUCGGCUCACCAAAUGGUCAGCCUUGCCGUGAAGACCGUUUACACGCUCUUGUCUGUUCUUGAGGAGUACGUUGGUGACCGCGAGAACCUUACCCCCGUUCAACGCAUCUGCAUCCAGACGUACCCUCGCUUGAUCAAUUAUGGUGAAGGAUUCGAUGAUAUCAUUGACAUCAACGGCGAGAAUGGUAACACUCUGCCCGAUUCCAUUGACAAACAAAUGCAAGAACUCUUCGGCAAAAUGUACCACGAAGAGCUCUCACUGCGGGAGAUGUUGGAGUUGAUGCGCAAGUACAAGUCCUCACGCGACCCCAUUGAGCAAGAUCUUUUCGCCUGCAUGGUGCAUGGCUUGAUCGAUGAAUAUCAUUGCUACCACGAAUACCCGCUCGAGGCUUUGACGAAGACCGCCGUCAUGUUUGGUGGUAUCAUCAACUUCCGCCUCGUUGACGGCAUUACGCUGAAGGUUGGUCUCGGUAUGAUCCUCGAGGCCGUCCGCGAACACGAGCCCCAUGACCCAAUGUACAAAUUUGGUGUUGAAGCCAUUGAACAAUUAAUCAACCGCCUUUCUGAGUGGGCUGGCUUCUGUCACCUGCUCUUCCAAAUCCCCUCUCUGCAAGGUACCCCCAUCUACCAAAAGGCAGAGGAAGUGCUUCGAGAGCAAGGAAACCAGGUUGGCGAACCUGAGGCUGGACCUUUCGAUGGAAUGGUUGCUGCUCCUCUCACAAAUGGCAAUGCCGCAGAAUCCCCCGUCACCGAUGGCUCUGUGCGCAAGUUCCGUGCUAUUCACCUCGACCCCCCUCUUCGAUCUGAGCUCUACGAAGAUCCCGAUGAAGAUAUCCAGGACAAGAUCCUCUUCGUUCUCAACAAUGUGUCGGAGCAGAACAUUGAUGAGAAACUGGGAGACCUGCGUGAGGUCCUGCGUGAUCAACAUCACCAGUGGUUUGCGGCUUAUCUGGUAGAGGAACGUGCUAAGCUGCAGCCCAACUUCCAGCAACUCUACCUUGACCUUCUUGGUCGCAUCGAUGAUAAGAUUCUUUGGGCUGAGGUUCUGCGAGAGACUUACGUCAGUGUGGCUAAGAUCAUCAACUCGGAAAGCACAUUGACCUCCUCUACCGAUCGCGGUCAUCUCAAGAACCUUGGUGCUUGGCUCGGGUCCCUGACUAUCGCUAAGGACAAGCCCAUCAAGCACAAGAACAUCUACUUCAAGGGCCUUCUUCUCGAGGGCUAUGACACCCAGCGCCUCAUGGUCACAAUCCCCUUCACCUGCAAAGUUCUCGUGCAAGCCACCAAGUCCACUGUGUUCAAACCACCCAAUCCUUGGGUGAUGGACAUCCUGUGUCUUCUUUUGGAGCUCUACCACUUUGCUGAACUGAAACUCAACCUCAAGUUUGAAAUUGAAGUUUUGUGCAAAGACCUCGACCUCGAUCAUAAGACCAUUGAGCCGGCUAUCGUCAUUCGUGACCGUGCUGCUCAUGUCGAAGACCCAAUCCCUACCGCCAAUCCCCCAGAGGGUCUCGUCGAGCCAUUCGAAGACCUAUCUCUCAACCCUAUCACCCAGGGUAUCCGCAACGAAAGACUGUCCCCUGCUGCUAUUAUGUCAACCCUGCCGAGUCUUGACAAGAUUCUCGUACUUCCUUCCUCGGCAAGCAGCAUGGUCGACGCGACCAUUCUCAAGCAGAUCGUCCACACUGCAGUGGAGCGUGCCAUUGCUGAGAUCAUCACCCCCGUGGUCGAACGCUCUGUCACAAUUGCCUCAAUUUCCACCGUCCAGCUCGUCUCGAAAGACUUUGCCAUGGAGCCCGAUGAGGAGCGUGUGCGCCAUGCUGCGGGCAUCAUGGUCCGCCAGCUCGCCGGUAGUCUUGCACUUGUAACAUGCAAAGAGCCCCUCAAGGUUAGCAUGACGAACUACAUUCGGAUGAUCCAACAAGACUAUUCUGAGCAGCCUAUGCCAGAAGGCUUGAUCUUGAUGUGUGUCAACGACAACCUCGACGCUGCCUGUGGUAUCGUUGAGAAGGCCGCUGAGGAGAAGUCUCUCCCUGAGAUCGAGAAGGUGAUUGAGCCUCAGUUGGAGGCUCGUCGCCGCCACCAGGCUAGUCGCUCGAAUGAUCCCUUCAUUGACCCUUCCAUGAACCGAUGGGGACUGUUCAUCCCAGAGCCCUAUAGGCAAGCCCCUGGUGGCCUGAACAAGGAGCAGCUGGCAAUUUACGAAGAAUUUGCCCGUCAAUCACGCGGCCCGGCGCCAUCCACCGAGGCAUCCGCCGGACGUCAAAUCACCGACGUUCUGGGAGAAUCAUACCCCGCCAUCCCUAAUCUUUCUACCCCAGCUGAACAGCCAGCUGUUCCUCACAGGACGCCGCAGAUGCAACCCGCCGUCUCGCAGCUCGCUCCUGCACACACCAAUGGUUUCCUUGACGCCCAAAGCCCACGUGAGAGAGUGGAAAGCUUUGUCUCCGAUAUCCAGCAAUCCGCUCGUAAUGCCCCCGAGGAACAUGUCAAGGACCUCGGCAGAGACAGCACUGUGCUACAAGAAUACAACCAGGCACUGCGCACUAUCGUCCAGUCCGCAAACCCAGAGGAGCUGGCGCGGUUGACCUCUUUGAAGGUGUGCACGCUUCUGUACUCCCAAUCGCACGGAUCCCUUGAGAUUGAAGUUCUGGUGCACCUUCUUGCCAAGCUGUGUGACAUGUCCUCGCUCAUUGCUCGGUACACAUGGGCACUUCUCUCAGACGUUGAUGAUGAACACAUGUUCAAUGUGCCGGUCACCGUUGCUCUCAUAGACGCUGGUCUCCUUGAUAUCCGCCGAGUUGACAUGAACCUUACUCGUCUGAUCAUGCAAAGGAACGUGUCCGCCCUCGAGUUGCUCGAUAACCUGAUGGACCGGGUACUCUUCAACGAAGAACCAUCCGCUCUUCGGUCUGAUUUCUCCGGCAGCUUGGAAGCCAUGAGCCAAUGGCUGGCCGAGGAUGCAACCGUUGCCCCAGGUGUCGAUAUCGUGCGCAAAUUGCGCGAGUCCGGCAUUCCCGAGGUCGUUCACUCCCUCCUCGAUGACCAAGCCAGAUCUAAGCGUGACCAGAUGGAGUACAUCUUCAGCGAGUGGAUUGGUAUCUACAAGGCCCCGGGUGCUACUGACCGCACCUUCCACUCCUUCCUCCAAGAUCUUCACAACCGACAGGUGAUGAACAGCCAGGAGGACUCAGCAUUGUUCUUCCGUCUCGCCAUCGACAUCUCCGUUGCCAUGUUCGAGCAUGAAGCUCAGAACCCCAAUGGCCCUAACAUCGAUGAGGCCUUCCUAUACAUUGAUGCUCUCGCCAAGCUCGUCAUUCUUCUCCUCCGCUUCCAAGGCGAGACUGCUGGUGCUGUCCGGGCCAACAAGGCCACCUACUUCAACUCAAUCCUCUCUCUCCUCGUCCUGGUCCUAAACCACCACCAAGUCAUGAGAGGCGAAGCCUUCAACCAGCGUGUCUUCUUCCGUCUCUUCUCCAGCAUUCUCUGCGAGUACUCCCUGAACGGACUGCAGCACAGCGAGCAGCACCAAGAGAUGAUCUUCACAUUGUCCAACAAGUUCCUAUCAUUCCAACCUCUCUACGUCCCCGGGUUUGUGUAUGGCUGGCUCUGUCUGGUUUCCCACCGAGUCUUCAUGUCGGACAUGUUGAACAUGCCUGAUCGCGCUGGAUGGGCACCUUACUGCGAGAUCAUCCAGGCACUGCUGGCCUACAUGGGCGAGCAACUCAAGGCCGUCAACAUUACAUACGUUGCCAAGGAUCUCUACAAGGGUGUUCUUCGCAUCCUGUUGAUCUUGCACCACGACUUCCCCGAGUUUGUCGCUGAGAACCACUUCCAGUUCUGCAACGUCAUCCCGGCCCACUGCGCUCAGCUCCGCAACCUUGUUCUCAGUGCUUACCCGUCUUCGUUCCAGAAGCUCCCCGAUCCUUUCCGCGAAGGGUUGAAGGUAGAGCGCAUUGAAGAAAUGCGGGAAAUCCCCAAGGUUUCCGGCAAUGUUGUUGCUCCGCUGCACAACGCCGGCAUCAAGGAUGUCGUUGACGGUGUGCUCAAGAACGAAAGCAUCUCGGAGACUGCUAUUCAGCAGCUUUGUGAUGCCAUCCUCAACCCUGAGACCAGGGAGACCGGACUCUUUUUCGCCCCAGUUGACGUGGAUGUUGCCCUUUUGAAUGCUCUUGUCUUGUACAUUGGACAGCAAGCCUCCCUGGAGCAUGCUUCAAAGAGCAACACCCGCAGUGCCUUCGAGAACUCCACCCACGCCGCGCUUUUGGAUAGACUUGCCCAAGUCUUGCGACCCGAGUCUCGGUACUACCUGCUGAGUGCAAUGGCCAACCAGCUCCGCUACCCGAACAGCCACACCUACUUCUUUAGCUUCACCAUCCUCCGUUUGUUCGGCGUGGACUACAACGAGCAUGACGACUCCGAUGUCCGCCAACAAAUCAUCCGUGUCCUGUUAGAGCGACUGAUCGUCCAUCGCCCACACCCAUGGGGUCUCAUCAUCACCCUGCAGGAACUCCUCCAAAACCGGAGCUACUCCUUCUUCCGCCUUCCCUUCAUCCAGGCGGCUCCCGAGGUAAACGGUCUACACCCCAUCUUUCAAAUUCUCGCUAAUGCCUCCUCAGAUUGGCCGCCUCUUCGAUGCCCUUCUCCAGCAUAUCCAACAGCAGAGCCCCAGGCCCAUCGCCUAAGCUCUCUUCUCUCUCCUCAAGAUUCGUUUAUUUUACGGUGA